AUGCAACAUUUUUCUUCGAGCGAUGGUGGUCAUAUCCUUUUGCGUAAUUCUGUAAAUAAUUCUGGAACACAAUGGACAGAUCCAAAAGAAUCCACAAAUAUCAAUUUUUAUGCUCAACCUCCCCAAUAUUCUGGAGGAGCUUUUGAAGAAUAUUCCCCUCAGUCUUCCACAUCCCAAUCUUCUCAUUUCCGUGCUUACCAUACAUUUACUUCUGCUAAUUUUCAACAAAUACAACAACAACGAAAUCAACAACGUCGAAUUCUUUCCCCUCCCCACCAUUUAAUGGCACUCAGUGAUGAUGGUGAUACGUUGAGUGUUGCUGCUGGUGAAAUAGGUGGACAACAACAACAAAUGUUGGGGAAUAUGCGUUCUUCUGCAUUUGGGCGACGUCCUCAAGUAAAUGGACAGGAAAUUGGGGAAAAUAUUAAUGAUUCUCCAAUUCGUCACCCAGCUUAUCACACCCAUUCAUUAGACCGUCAUGCACACUUACGUAUAUUUCAACAGCCAAGAAUCCCUCCAAUACAUAAUGGGGUUAUUAAUAAUAAUCCAAUACGUAAUGGAAAUAUUAAAUUAACAACAACAACUAACCAAUCAAAACAAUUUCCUUCAAAUAAUAAUCAAUUCAAUUCUUUAUUAAUAAGUCCAAGACAUUUUGCCUAUCCAUCUUCUACUUUUGCAUCUACUCCAAAUAAUCAAAUGAUACAACAAGAUAAGAAAAUUGGGUCAAAUAAUGUUCAAUUUCAUCAAAACAACAAUUUAAAUAAUUUAACUCAAAAUUACCGUCCACAAAGUUCAGCACGUUCUUGUGCAAUUUUUGAAGAAGAAAAUAAUAUUUCAAAUAAACGUUCAGCUUCUCUUUCAGCAAUGUCCCGUUCAAUGGUAACUGUUGUUAAUGACACAAAACAAAUUAACGAACAACAACAAAAAAUUAAUGAAAGAAAUAAUUUAAUAAAUUAUUUAGAAAAUAGUAGAGAAAGUAGAGUAAUUGAAUAUAUUCAACAAUUAAUUAAUUUACAAAAUAAAAGAAAUAUUAAAAGACAACAGCAACAAAUACCUUUACCUCCACCAAGAAGGACAGGAAUAUCCCCUAAUUUUUUGCAAAGAGUACCUCUUUCUUUACCUAAAAAUGAUGGUUCAUCACGUAUUUAUUCCAACCUUCAAAACAAUAAUGGACAACAAAAGUUUUCUUCUGCAACUAAUAGUUGUUUAAAUUCCCCCAACAAAAUUCAAUUAAUUUCUUCAGAUGAAAUUAUUCAACAACCAGGCUCACAACUUUCUUUAGUUUCUUCUCUUGGUUCUGCUUAUACAAAUACUAUAGAAGAACGUUAUGAAUGGGAAGUUAAUAAACUUCAAAAUGAAUUAGAAUCUUAUAGAACAACAGUUUCUUUACUUAAUCAAAGACAUAGUGGAUAUAAUUGUAUGUUACAAAUAUUUGAUUCGAAAUUACAAACAAUUAUGUUGAGUUUGUCUAAAUUACAACAAAAAAGACAUGUUAAGAGAAAUGAGGUUGAAAGAUUAUGUCGGGAAAUUGAACAUCUACGUUCGUUAAGUAUUAGUGCCGGUGUUGUACCUAAAGAACAACAACAAUUAAAUUUAAUUAAAAAAGAAAAUAAUAAUAAUUCUUUACCACCACCUUCUGAUAAUAAAGAAAUUGAAAAAGAAAAAAAUAUAAAAAUAAUAAAUGAAAAAUCGUCUUCUGUUGGAAGAGAACAAACAGAUGGAGGAGGGAAAAAAGCUGGAUGGAUUCGAAGUUCUUUUACUCGUGCUUUUCAAAAAGGAAGUAGCAAAAAGAACAAACAAACACAACAACAAAUAAAUGAAGAAGAAAAACAACAAAAAAUAAACGAGGAAAAUGGGAAAAAAAAUGAACAGCCUUUUUAUGUUAAUUCUUUAAAAAAAGAAUUAGAAAAUAAAGAAUUGGCGUUAACUGAUGUACAAUUAGAUGCUCUUGAUAAAGCUAAAGAAAUUGAUAUUUUGAGAGAAACUGUUAAUAAAUUACAACAUGAAAAUCGAAUGUUAAAAUAUAAUUUUUCUUUACUUGAACGUCGUGUUCGUUCUGAAUCAAGAGCAAGUUCUCAUAUAUCUUUGAAUACAAAUUUAUGUUCUGGUGGUCCUCCAGAUUGUGGAGGAGGGGAUUUGGAUGUUGAUGCUUUGGAAGAAGCAGCUAACCAAUUAUUAGAAGUACCUGAACAUUCUAAUUUACCUUUAUAUGAUAUUGUUGCUUCUUCUCCUUCUAGUGGAGAUUUUUCUGUAAAUACAACAACAACAGGAAGUAGUUUAGAAGCGCGUAGUAAUAAAAGUCAGAGAACUAGUAUUGGGUCUAAUAUUUCGAAAUCAAAUCAACAACAGCAACAAUUUAUUAAAGUUGUUUUAUGUGUUGAUAUGAGUGGACGUUUAAAUAUAGAUUCUUCUAGUAAUUUAUCAGCCCUACCUCCUCCAUCUUCUUCUUGUUCUUUAACUUCAAUUUCUCGUGCAAGUUCCGGUUCUUCUUCAACACUUUCUUCUCUUGGAAGUGCUUUAAGUGGAUGUGGAAAUAAACGAAGAGAACUUUCAAUUGGACAUUUAAAUCUUCCUUUGGCUGAGGGAAUUAAUUGGAAUGAUUUAGACCAGCAAUUAGGGCUUUUAUUGGAAGAAUAUCUUCACCGAAUAGAUCCAGAUUUGUCAUUGGGUGUUGAUUCUUAUUCGAGUAUUAUUGGUUAUCAAAUAAUUCCGAAAAAUUCUUUGGGAUUACCUAAUGAAUGGUUAAUUCGAAAAAGAAAUUCAGUUGAUGAAUAUUUAAAUAUAAAAAAUAACGAAUCAGAAGAAUUGACUCCAAAAUUAUCUCCAGAAGAAGUUUUACUGCCAGGAACUUUAAUUAGACUGAGAUUGAGAGGUAGCUUUUACUAA